GCUGCCCGCACCGGUGGGGCCCGCGAGGGAGUCAAUGGAUUGGAUGAGUUACGCCGGCGAGAGGAAGCGGAAGAGAGGAAGGAAGCCGAAGGUGAAGGUGAAUGUGGAGGGAAGUGAAGUGGGGUUAGAAAUUGUGAAUAGGGAUGGAGUGAUGGUUGAUAUUGAGUCAUUGGCAGGUGCCGACGAUACUUAUGCCGAGGAAUUGAGGAAAAGGACGGAAGGUUUGGGGACAGAGGAGGAUUUGUUAGGGUUUAUGAGGGAUUUGGGAGGGCAAUGGGGCAGUAGGAGGAAAAGGAGGAAAAUUGUCGAUGCAUGUGUCUUAGGGGAUGCGUUGCCAGUUGGGUGGAAGCUCUUGCUUGGCCUCAAGAGAAAGGAGGGGCGCGCAUCAGUGUAUUGCCGUCGAUAUAUAAGCCCGAGUGGAGAACAAUUCAUAUCAUGCAAGGAGGUUUCUUCUUACCUUCGUGACCACUUUGGGCUUAAAGAUGCAUGCAGGCCAGCCAGUCAAAGAACCAGUGAUUUUCAGCAUGAUUUCAAACAUGCAAGCAUUACCUAUAAGUAUGAUAGCCAAAGCCCUGGUACCAUUAGCAGAAUGAGUAAGCCCAUUCCAUCUCUGUCGAACGAGCAUGGUCAGGAGGUUAAUUUGCUUGGAAUUGACAAUUUGGCGGAGGUUCAAAUACAUGACCUUUUCGAAUGUCAUAAAUGCAACAUGACUUUUGAUGAGAAGGAUGUGUAUCUGCAACAUCUGCUAUCCUUCCACCAAAAGACAACAAGGAGGUAUAGGCUUGGUUCAUCUGUAGGAGAUGGAGUAAUAAUGAAAGAUGGAAAAUAUGAAUGCCAAUUCUGCCAUAAGGUAUUCGAUGAAAGGCGUCGAUAUAAUGGUCAUGUGGGAAUCCAUGUGAGAAACUAUGUUAGAAAAGUGGAAGAAUUGCCUGGACAGGGGGAUGCAUCUUCAGAAGAACAUUGAGUCUUCAAGCAGGGAUGUUCCACCUUGAAGAUCUCUAAAAUGGAUGCUCUCAUUGAAAUUGCACAGAGUUCAAUUCUCGAAACUUCUCCCAUCAUAGAUGAUCAUAAACUGUCUGACAAUUGCCGUCAUAAUGGACUUAAGGAGGAGAAAGUUGAUGCUGUAAUGGAAACUAAUGCUGGCCCUCGUGCAGACUUUGGUCCUUCUGUCGGUGAACCAAGUAUAAAAAGAAACUCCAUUGAGGAAGCCGCAGAACCAGAGUCAACUAAUAAAGAUGGUCGGAAUAUGGAUGCUCAUAAGGAAGAGAAGUUCGAUGACUCCAGCGAUGUUGUAGAUGUCAAGAUAAGCUCUAAUUUUGGUACUACAAUCGAAUCAUUAGCUAUUGAAGAAAAUUGUGACACACCUGAGACAUCUGGGGGAAAUGAUGAUCAGGCAUUUGCAGUUGAAGCAAAUAGCGAUAAAUGUGGUAUUUUGCAGGAAAAAAAGACCUGAAAGUUCUCUUGUCAAACCGAAUGAUAAUGAUAGUAUUGCAAAUUGUAAAAAUGCUGAAAGCGUGGCCUGCACUAGCAACUUAGACCCUCCCGAGAGUGAUGGGAAAGAGCUAGAAAGUACAGUGGGAAGCAGCAAAAAUGAAGCCAGUGAUCAUGUGAGCAAGACAAUGCAGCAGAUAUUUGAGAUUGCUUUUGGUGAAGACGAAGCUCCAGAUUCAGUCUCCAAGGAGGAGAGCGAUCCCCAUGCUGCUGAAAAGAAAAAUGAUGACUUAGCCGCAUUUGAGGAGAUAAGAUAUGAUGAAGAGGAAACUAUGAAGUAUGAUUUUGUGACAGCAGAAGAUUCCUUGACAGAUGUCCCAGUAGAUAUGCCAAAUAAUGCUGACAUAGAGCAGCAGUAUGUUUCUCCUGUACGGUUUGGACCAGAAGAAGUGAUGUUAGAUGUGGCUGCAAGACAGCAGCUUACUACUGCUUGUAUGUGGUGCGGGGUAGAGUUUAAGCAUGAUUCUAUUGAUUCAGAAUUGCCAUCAGAUUCAGUCGGUUUUAUGUGCCCAACCUGCAAAACUAAAAUCUCUGGACAACUCAAUCUGCUGGACAGUGCUUUUGCCUCGAACUGAGGCCAUCUCUGAGCUAGCUUUACAAGCAUCCUGUUCUUUGGGCCAGCUGCAGUUAUGAUUGGGUAAUGCAGACUGGGGAUCCUACAGGGAAACUACCUGCCCCUACCAGUUUUGAGCACUCAAAUGUAUUUGCUUCACUUGUUUCUGACCUGUCAAGUCACUGGUGUAAUGUAUUGUUAAUGUAGUGUAUUCUGUGUGUGCGAA